CUUCAGUCUGUGGUCUGUGCAGCACAUCGGCGCGUGAGUUUCAACGCCAGCGGCCAAGGCAGACAGGUGGAUAGAGUCUUCGCCCUUUUCCCCCUUCGAUCGUGAAGUCCUUUGAGGAUUUCUUCUCAAAACAACAAGACCGACGAUCCACAAGCCGAGUCCAGUCAAGCUCUGCAUUCGAAAUCUGGCAUGGAACAGAAGCCACAUGAAACACAUUCCUUUACAUUGAAAGUAAAUGGUGCGGCUGACUACCUGGUUACCUGCAAUAAAGCACAGACUGUCCUGAGCGCACUAGAGACAAACAAGAUAUUUGCAGAGAUGGCUAAAAGGAACCAAAAGAAAGAGCUCGUUAUUAUAAGAGGCAGGAGAGCUAUCAGCACACACUUCCCAUGCCAUCUUAUUGGGGAGGAAGAUCUCCUGGAGGUUAAGUACAUCAAUGCUGCAGUGCAGGGACAGGAGCCAGUUGACAGUCAGUCUAGUCUGGAGGAAGAGACCACACCAUGUGAGCCUCCUGGAUCUCCCUCUGAUGGUAACAAAGAUUCUCCAAAAGCGUCCACCUCAAGUGAGAUGCGAAAUACAGACAGGCCAGAGGAGAAAGCUAGUACCUCUCAGGCUCAGCUGUCUUGUCUCAUGAUAUCAAGUGCUGAAAACUCGCUAAAUUUACCACGUGCACCAGUUAAACAUGUGAAAAGUCGAGGAGUCACUGGGUCUUCAGUUAUCCAAACACCCCGUAAAGACUUUGGAAAGAAUGGGGAGACUUGCUUUUACAUGAAAACAGUCAAGGAACUGUCGAAGCGAAGUGACUCUGUUUGUCAGUUGAGAGUAAAUUACCAUCCAAUUGGGAGUGGUUUUCUCCUUUUUGAAAGGUACAUUCUAACAAAUGGCCACGUCAUUGCCGAGUGUUGCGACCAAAGUAGCUGGGAGCUGCAUAAAGAGAUUACCGUCACCUUCUCUUUUGAAAGUCUGGCCGAAAAAUACGAGGCAGAGUCAGUGAGAAAGGUUGUUGCCUUUCAAGAAUUUACUGAUGUUUCAGGCUACCGCCGUGAUUGGGCUUUGCUGGAGCUUUACCGUGACCAGCCAGGGCAUUUGGGAUUGUUAGAAUACUUUGAUUAUGUUCCUCCAUCAGGGGCUAUCUGUAUCAUUGGGUACCCCGGGGAAGGAGUAAAAAAGAUGGACCCAUGCUAUGUUGUUCCAUAUGCUCUCCGAGCUGAUGUUAUAAAGAAUAAGUGUCAGCAGGUAUACGGGUCACGUUUCACUGAAAGAUUAUUUGAUUUCGACGAGGAACUUCGAAAAUUAAGGGACAAUAAGAAGCUUUUGCUUUAUGAAACAUGUUUUUAUGAGGGGGCAUCCGGCUCACCUGUUUUUGAUAAGGACGGCAAUGUCAUUGCAAUACAUUCAGGAGGUUAUUCCAGAGAUGGCAAAAACAAAAAAAAUAUUAGGAUCAUUGAAUAUGCCCAUCCUUUGUCUCUGAUCAUUGAACAAAUUAUUUUCCACUUACUGGAAAGACGUAAUUAUGAUGUGUUGAAGAAAUUCCUCUGUUGCUUUCCUCAAUAUUCUCCCCAAUCGGGGAGAAUGGCAAAGAAUUUGAGGAAUAUGCUGCAAGGCAGGACUCUCAAAAUCUUAAUGGAUGCUGAUAAUCCAAUGAUCAGAGAGGAUGAGAUUUUGCAGCGUUUCUUUCAAUUCAUCUGUCAACCAGAGGAAGCUACAUCCAUGGAUAUUGAGUAG